UCGGAAAUUUAAAGAAGCUAAGAAACAAUUCGACAAAGUGAGCGAGGAGAAAGAAGCAGCCCUGUCCAAAAAUGCCCAGGCGCCUCGAAACAAACAGCACGAGGUGGAGGAGGCCACCAGCAUCCUCAUCGCCACGCGCAAGUGCUUCCGCCACAUCGUCCUGGACUACGUCCUUCAGAUUAAUGUGCUGCAGUCCAAGAGACGAUCAGAAAUCCUCAAAUCGAUUCAUGUAUGCCCACCUGACGUUCUUCCAUCAAGGUUAUGAUCUGUUCAGUGAACUACAACCCCUCAUGAAACAACUGACCGGACAGCUGGAUCAGCUGGUGAUCGACUCCGCAAAAGAGAGGAAAGAUAUGGAGAUGAAACACUCGACUAUUCAGCAUAAGGACUUCUCAAAUGACGACACCAAGCUGGAGUACAAUGUGGACGCAGAGAAUGGGAUCGUCAUGGAGGGAUAUCUGUUUAAGAGGGCCAGCAACGCCUUCAAAACCUGGAACAGGCGGUGGUUCUCAAUUCAGAACAAUCAGCUAGUGUACCAAAAGAAAUUUAAGGAUAACCCUACGGUUGUGGUGGAGGACUUGAGGUUAUGCACCGUCAAACACUGCGAGGACAUCGAGCGCAGAUUCUGCUUCGAAGUGGUUUCUCCAACAAAGAGCUGUAUGAUGCAAGCAGACUCUGAAAAACUCCGACAAGCCUGGAUCAAAGCCGUCCAAAACAGCAUCGCCACAGCCUUCAGAGACAAAGCAGAGGACGCCGAGAAGAUGGACGGGAAGUCGUCCACAUCGACGUGCAGCCUGGACUCGGCCGGCGAGGUGAAGGAGAGGAGUCUGAAGGGCGAGAGCGCGCUGCAGAGGGUCAUGGGCAUCGGCGGGAACAGCAUCUGCUGCGACUGCGGUCAGCCGGAGCCGUGCUGGGCCAGCAUCAACCUGGGCAUCACGCUCUGCAUCCAGUGCUCGGGCAUUCACAGGAGUCUUGGCGUUCAUUUCUCGAAGGUCAGGUCUCUGACGCUGGACACGUGGGAGCCUGAGCUGCUCAAGCUGAUGUGUGAGCUGGGAAAUGGUGUCAUAAAUCAGAUCUACGAGGCUCGGCGAGAAGAAUUAGGAGCCAGGAAACCACAACCAGGAGAUCCCAGGCAUGAGGUGGAGGCCUACAUCAAAGCCAAGUACGUGGAGCGCAGGUUUGUGCAGAGACGCUCCGAAGACGAGACCAGACAGAAGGUUUUAUCACUGAGGCAACAGGAUAAACGUCUCAGCGGCUGCUCUGAAGCUCGAUCUGGACUGUCAGCGUCAACAGCGUCUGCUUCCUCAGCGAGCCACGAGUCUCUCUUCUGUGGAGAUGAGCUCGAUUCUCUCUUCUCCUACUUUAACUCCUCCGCCAGGCCCUGCUGUCUGAAAAGCCCAGACGGUGACGUGCAGAAGCUGGCAGAUGGAAGCAGAGAGACGCUGAGCUCGAGCUCUUCCUCCGGCGCGCUCAACGACUCAGACGGCCCAGAGCUGCACAUCUCCGAGCCUCAGGAGGAGUGCUCUGGGAAAGGUCUGGUGGUUUCCUGCGAGCCGCAGCAGCCGACGCCGGGCCUGCAGCUGUUCUGGGCGUCUUUCUGCCGCAGUCUGCCGGACAUGGCCGAAGCGCUCGCUCACGGAGCAGCAGUCAACUGGACCAACGCCAACGAGCAGAACAGGACGCCGCUCAUGAUGGCUGUACACGGGGGGUCUCUGGUCGCCUGUGAAUUCCUGCUCCAGAAUUCAGCCAGCGUCAAUCAGCAGGACAAUCUGGGCAGAGGACCUUUACAUCACGCCACUAUCCUGGGCCACACUGGGCAAGUGUGUUUAUUUCUAAAACGGGGAGCCAAUCAGAACGCAGCAGAUGUCGAGAAUCAAACGCCGCUUUCAAUCGCCGUCGAGGCAGCAAACGCUGAUAUUGUCACGCUGCUUCGGCUGGCCAAGAUGAACGAGGAGAUGCGUGAAUCAGAAGGUCUGUACAGUCAGUCAGGAGAUGAGACGUACCAGGACAUUUUCCAAGACUUCUCGCAGAUGGCAUCGAACGACCCUGACAAACUCAACCGCUACUGAGCAGAUUUUGGACGGUAUAUCACACCACAACAACCUCCUUAUAACUGCAGUUUGGGAUUUUUUUUUUUCCAAAAUCGGAUUAAAAUGAAAUGUUUUCAUUGUUAGGUUUUGUCUUAAUUUUUAAUGAAAUCAGUGUUGUUGCCCACAAAAUAAUCUGGGUGACACCAGUUGAAUUGUUUCUUUUUUAUUGUAAAUGUAGCUAAAACUAUUUCAUAUAGGAUUUAAUUGAUGAAUCCAUUGGCUGUAUCUAUAUAGAUUUUCAGAUGCAUAUGUGUAAUGUAAUAUUUAAGCCAUAGGACUUCAUUUAUGAAAUGUGCCGAAUGCAUUUGUGUUCGUAAAUGUGAUUGGUUUUACAAACAAAUUCAUUCUGCUCGUGUGUUACAAAUGAGGGGUUUUAGCUAAAUAGUACAUUUUAGUAAAUUGCAUUGGGGUGUGAUUGUAGAGCAGAGAUGAAACCAUUUAAGUUUCCAUAAUAUCAAUUUUAAAAACUAUACUUUCAUUACGUCAUUUACUUGUGCCUUUUUGAAAGCGAAAAUCUUGUGAAAACUCGUUUUAGCAUGAACGCCCCACUUUCUUUAUAUGUCCCAAUAGUGUACAAGUGAAGCCACAGUGUAAGGGUGUCAAUUGUGUAUAUUCUGUACAUAUGUCAUCUUGGGCUGGGAAGUUUUUGUGGUACUUCAAAUGUUGUAAUAAGCUUGUUUGGAUUUUUGUGCUUUUUUUUUUUGCCCCUUUAUUCAUUCUGUAAUCAUCUCUGUAUGAUCCAUGCAGUUUUUAAGAUUAUUUUAUCCACUGCGAAUGUCUGACUGAAAAUAUCUCAAAAUAUAUUAAAUUGUUUUCUCUACAUUUUUUAUAAUGCCGCCUUAUUCAUUACCUAAGCAGGUUAACAUAUUUAGCAUU